UCCCGGCGCCUAAUCAGCUACCUGGCUCUCUCGCUGUGAAGCACCCACCUUUCCAGACUCUCUUGGAAUUUAUCUAAUCGUACGCCAGUUUGUUUUUCUGAGUCACAAACGCUUUCGAGUGCUACAGUCAGUCCCGAACCGUCUGACAGACACCUCGCACCUCUACUAGUCGCUUCCACUAUCGCCACUGAUCGAUUCUUUUUUCCGGUAGCAAGAUGUCCGAUCCCCAAGAGAGUAGAAAUGAGUUCUCUCGCAUCCUGACGGAUAUCAUUACCCAGGACGUUGCGAAGAAGAGUCGUCGUCAGCGGAACACAGUCUUCUCCCCCGCCUCCAUUCAAAGUUGCCUGACGCUGGCCUACAUGGCAGCCACCGGAUCGACGGCUGAGGAGCUAAACAAAGGCCUCCUGUUGGGUCCUGGCGAUCGGCAUCACAUAGCCCGUACCUUUGGCGAUUUUUGGCGGACAAACUGCAAUUACGGCGACCGAGGUCCGAUACUGAAAUCCGUGAACAGUUUGUACGUGAACAGCAACCUGGAACUCCAUCCGGAGUUCAAUGAGGUAGCCAGCGACUUUUUCCAAACCAAGGCAGAGCCCUUGGAGUUUGCUGAUUCGGCAUCCGCCACCAAGUACAUCAAUGAGUGGGUGGAAAAGGAGACGGAGCAGAGAAUCACGAAUCUUCUGCAAUCCGAUGCCGUGGACGAUGCGACCAGUGCCGUGCUCAUCAAUGCUUUGUACUUCAAGGGCAAGUGGAAGAAGCCCUUCAUGCCAGAGGCCACAGGAAAACAUGCAUUCUUCGUGGAUUCAGACACCAGCAUCGAGGUGGACAUGAUGACCCAGGAGGACAAGUUCAAGUUCGCCGAACUGCACCAUCUGAAGGCGAAAGCCGUGCAGCUGUCUUAUGAGGCCUCCCAUAUCCACAUGCUCAUAAUCCUGCCGGAUGACAGAUUUGGGCUGCAGGAUCUGGAAGCCAAGCUCAAAGAUAUUGAUCUGACCUCCAUUGAUGAGGCGAUGAACAUUCGGGAUGUGGUUGUUUCACUGCCUCAGUUCAGCAUAGAGUUUGAUGUGGACUUGAAGGAUAUAUUGAAAAAGCUUGGAAUUGCGGAGAUCUUUACAGACGCCGCCCAACUGGAUGGACUCUUCACCACUAAAGAAAAGCAGAAGAUUUCGGCGGCCAGGCAUCGUGGCUACAUAAACGUAAACGAGGCUGGUUCCGAGGCAGCUGCCGUAUCCUUCAUGAAGAUUGUGCCAAUGAUGCUGAAUAUGAACACGAAGAAAUUCAAGGCGGACCACCCGUUUGUGUUCUACAUCCGUAACUCGCAGGCCGUAUUCUUUGCCGGAAGAUUCGUAGGAGCUCAGGGCCAGUCUUCUGAGGCAUGCACCAAUGAGAAAUGUCGGAAUAACUGUCGGUGUGGAGGCCUAACUAGAUAAUAGUGAACUGCAAUAGAAAAUAAAAUGCCACUGGAAAAUCCCACAA